GUUGCCAGAAACCUUGAACUCUGGGAAGAGAUGAAGAAGGGAAGUGACCUCGGGCGCAAGUGUGCCGUUCGUGCCAAAAUUGACAUGAAUUCCAAGAACGGCUGCAUGCGUGACCCUACCAUCUACAGGUGUAAGCCAGAGCCGCAUCUCAGGACUGGGAACAAAUACAAUGUCUACCCAACCUAUGACUUUGCCUGUCCCAUAGUGGACUCCCUGGAGAAUGUGACCCAUGCCCUGAGGACCACUGAGUAUCUGGACAGAGAUGAGCAGUAUUACUGGGUUCUGGAUGCCCUGGGUAUGAGAAAACCCUACAUUUACUCGUACAGUCGUUUGAACCUUCAGAACACUGUUCUGUCCAAGAGAAAGCUGACCUGGUUUGCCAAUGAAGGUCUAGUUGAGGGCUGGGAUGAUCCACGUUUCCCCACUGUACGUGGAAUAUUGAGAAGAGGAAUGACUGUUGAAGGUCUCAAGCAAUUUAUCAUUGCCCAGGGCUCAUCCAAGUCUGUGAACAUGAUGUCUUGGGACAAGAUUUGGUCAUACAACAAAAAGGUCAUAGAUCCAGUGGUGCCCAGGCACACAGCUCUCCUGAAGUCUGAGAUUGUCCCGGUGUCUGUGAAGGGAGCCACAGUGGGACACAAGGAGGUGGCCAGGCAUCCCAAGAAUCCUGAUGUUGGCACCAAGCAAGUUUGGUUCUCACCUACUGUGUUCAUAGAUGGCGCUGAUGCUGAGCACUUGUCUGUGGGAGAAAUGGCUACUUUCAUUAACUGGGGCAACUUGGUCAUUACCAAGAUAAACAAGAAUAAUGAUGGGAAAGUGGAAUCUUUGGAUGCUGAGCUGAAACUGGACAAUACAGAUUUCAAGAAGACCCAGAAAGUGACCUGGCUGGCUGACACUGAGAAAUCUCCCAUGACUCCUACUCUCUGCAUUUAUUAUGACAACAUCAUCAGCAAACCUGUGCUGGCCAAGGAAGAUGACUUUAAAGACUACAUUAAUAGAAACUCUAGGACUGAGUCUGUGAUGGUUGGAGACCCAGAGUUGAUGUCUCUGAAGAAAGGAGACAUGAUUCAGAUCCAGAGAAGGGGUUAUUUUGUAUGUGACUCACCAUAUGAACCCCCAAGUCGCUACACCAGUCUAGCCAGUCCAUGUGUCCUGAUCAACAUCCCAGAUGGUCAUGUCAAGGAGAUGCCAAAAGCUGGCUCAAAACACAAAGAACCCAAAGACACUGGAGCCAAAGAGAAGGCCCAGAGUAAGAAAGGCAAAGCAGCAGAGAAGUCACCCCAGGAGGAGCAGCCCCCAACACUGACUGGAGAUGCUGCAGACUUGGAUAAAAAGAUCACUGAACAGGGAAAUAAAGUCCGGGAACUCAAGGGCCAAAAAGCUGCUAAGGACGAGGUGGAUGCUGCAGUGAAAACUCUCCUGGCUCUGAAGGCAGAUUAUAAAGCUGCCACAGGCAAGGACUGGAAGCCAGCCAGCAAUGGAGGGAAUGCGGGGAAACAGAAAGCCAAGGGAGAAAGUAAGCCUAAGGAGGCACCUGCCACUACUGGUGCUUCGGCUGCUGGGGCAGAUGCAGGAGAAUUGAACGAGAAAAUUGUUGCCCAGGGAAACAAGAUAAGAGACCUGAAGAGCCAGAAAGCACCAAAGGACCAAAUUGACCCAGAAGUGAAAGUUCUGCUGGGGCUUAAAGAGCAGUUUAAGCAGUCCACGGGUCUUGACUGGAAACCAGGUCUCACAAUACCACAACAGCAGCAGACGACACCAGCGAUGGCAGACAAUAAGGAGAAUAGUGGGGUUGCCGCUGGGAGCCCAGAGGCCCUGGCUCUGAAGGGGAAAAUAGAGGCACAGGGAGAAAAAGUGAGGCAGCUCAAGACAGGUGGUGCACCCAAGGAUCAGGUAGAUGAAGAAGUGAAGGUCCUCCUGAGCCUCAAGGCAGAAUAUAAACAACUGACGGGAGAGGAUGUUGCUGGGGGUGGUGGUGGAAGGAAGGACAAAAAAGGGAAGAAAGAAAAUAAGGGCAGCAAGGCAGCUGAACCAAAACAGCAGAAGCCAGCUAAAGAAGAUGCAGGCAGGGAAGUGAAGAAGGUCACUAGGUUGGGUUUAGAGGCCAAAAAGGAAGAAAAUCUUUCAGAAUGGUACACUCAGGUGAUUACAAAAGCAGAAAUGAUAGAAUACUAUGAUGUGAGCGGUUGUUACAUUCUGCGUCCAUGGUCCUAUUCUAUCUGGGACGAGAUCAAAAAUUUCUUUGAUGCAGAGAUCAAGAAGUUAGGUGUUGAGAAUUGCUACUUCCCCAUGUUUGUCUCCCAUGCUGCGUUGGAAAGGGAGAAGACACACAUUGCUGACUUUGCCCCAGAGGUUGCCUGGGUGACGAAGUCUGGCCAAUCAGAUCUGAACGAGCCUAUUGCCAUACGUCCAACCAGCGAAACUGUGAUGUACCCAUCUUAUGCCAAAUGGAUCAGAUCCCACCGAGACUUGCCUGUCAGACUGAACCAGUGGUGCAAUGUUGUGAGAUGGGAGUUCAAGCAUCCUCAGCCUUUCCUGAGAACCAGAGAGUUUCUGUGGCAGGAAGGACACACAGCAUUUGCUACCAGAGCAGAGGCUGAGGAUGAGGUCUUUAAGAUCUUGGAUCUGUAUGCCAGAGUGUAUGAAGAGCUGCUGGCAGUUCCUGUAAUAAAGGGAAGAAAAACAGAGAAAGAGAAGUUUGCUGGAGGAGACUUCACUACAACCACUGAAAUAUACAUUUCUGCUAGUGGUAGAGGAAUUCAGGGAGCCACAUCCCAUCACUUGGGUCAGAAUUUCUCAAAAAUGUUUGAGAUAAUGUACGAGAACCCAGACACUCAGGAGAUGGAGCACGUCCACCAGAACUCGUGGGGUAUCACCACCAGGACCAUUGGUGUCAUGGCAAUGGUGCAUGGAGACAAUACAGGCCUGGUGCUGCCACCUAGAGUAGCAUCUGUGCAGGCCAUCGUGGUUCCGUGUGGCAUCACUGCCUCACUAUCAGAUGCAGACAGGCAGAGUCUUAUAAAAAGCUGUGAGGAGCUAGAGAAUAUUCUAGUACAGGCAGGAAUCAAAGCUAAGGGUGACUAUAGAGACAACUACUCACCAGGGUGGAAGUUCAACCAUUGGGAGCUUAAGGGUGUCCCAGUCAGGAUUGAGUUAGGUCCACGAGAUGUUAAGAAUGGAGAACUGGUUGCUGUGAGGCGAGACACCGGGGAUAAACUUACCUUGAAACAGGCCAGUGCUGCAGAGGGAAUCAAGAAAUUGUUGGAGGACAUUCAGUCUUCUUUGUUUGCCAAAGCCAAAAAGAUCCAAGAUGAAUAUGUAGCCCUGAGCCAUGACUGGCAGGACUUCUGCCAUCAGCUGGACCAGAAGAAGAUCAUCAUGUCUCCAUUCUGUGGGGAGGGAGAGUGUGAAGAGAAAAUCAAGAAGGAUAGUGCAAGAGAUGCAGUGGUGGAGGAGGGAGCGCCAUCUAUGGGAGCCAAAAGUCUGUGCUAUCCGUUCCAGCAGCCAGGGGAUAUAAAGGCAGACAUGAAGUGUAUCCACCCAGACUGCAAGGCCAAGCCAAUCAAGUACUGCCUCUUUGGAAGAAGCUACUAGGUUGCCCCUAAUGCUUUAAGCAGGAAAAUAGAGGGGAAAAAGUUGUGAAGAACUGAGAUGUUGUUCCUUGUGAAAGUGAAAUAGAUUAGUGCUUGGUUUCCUUUUCUUGAAGUGUAUCCAUACCUCAAACAACUUGAAAUAGCACGAUCAUGGCAGCAUUCUUUCUGUGCAAUCAACAGUGAAGAAGGCAUUGCAGACCUUAAUUGGAGGUAGUAAAC